CUGCAGUAUCAGCCGCCGCGCGCGGCUCUGAGCGAAACUGAGAACUGAACCAGCAGCUCACCGCCUCACGCACGUAGCCCGCGAGCUGCUCCAUCUGAAGGAGCUUAACAGCCGCUCAUGUGCCGUAAAACGCGGUCAGGCGCUGGGAGAAGCUGCCCUCACGCGUCCGCCGCGGGAGGAUGAAGGCGCCGAGUGUUCGCGCGCUCGUGCUCGUGCUCUGCGUGCUCGUGUACCUGCUUGCGGGAGCCGCCGUGUUCGAGGCGCUCGAGGCGGAGAGCGAGCGCUCCGGGAGGCGCGAGGUGGAGCGCAGGGCCGCCGAGAUGAAGCAGAAGUACGGCUUCACGGACGCGGAGUACCACAGACUGGAGAAGCUGCUGCUCCUGGCCAAACCUCACCGAGCCGGCCGCCAGUGGACAUUCGCUGGGUCAUUUUACUUCGCCGUUACCGUCAUCACUACCAUAGGUUACGGCCAUUCAUCACCUCGAACAGAUGCUGGUAAAGUUUUCUGUAUGUUCUAUGCAGUGCUGGGCAUUCCUCUAACACUCGUCAUGUUCCAGAGCAUUGGAGAGCGCAUGAACACAUUUGUACGCUACCUGAUGCACAGGAGCGGCAGGUGCAUAGGUUUGCGCAGGACUGGUGUGUCCAUGGGGAACAUGGUUUCUGUUGGCUUUCUGUUCUGCUUGAGUACACUUUGUGUAGGAGCCGCGGCUUUUUCUCAUUUUGAGGGCUGGAGCUUCUUCCAUGCCUGCUACUACUGCUUCAUCACCCUCACCACUAUUGGGUUUGGAGAUUUUGUUGCUUUGCAGAAGAAGGAAGACCUGGAGAAGAAAGUUCCGUAUGUGGCCUUCACCUUCACAUACAUCCUUGUUGGGUUGAGUGUGAUCGGGGCAUUCCUUAAUCUUGUGGUGCUGCGGUUCCUCACUGUAAGUUCGGAGGGAGAAGACGGGAAUGAGAGAAUGACCCAAGGGGACCUUCACAGAAGAUCCCAUAUGGCGUCCAACAUGUCUACAGUAGAGAAUGGACACAGCACCUUCUCUCUGCCCAUGGCUGGAGGCAACAGCUGUACCAACCUCAUCUCUUCUAGCUGUGGGGAAAGCAUGGGCCCCAAGAGGAGAAGCAGUUCUCUUUCACAUCCCGGGCUUAGCUCCUGCUGUUUUUGUCCAUGGAUGUCAUGUGGACUGGAUGCCUGUGAGAGCUUCAGUCUUACAAUGUCAGAAUCAGUAGACCAUGGGUGCCAUUUAAACCCAGUCUUCUACAACUCUGUCUCCUACAGGGUGGAUGAGGCGUCGUACUGUGGGUCUGGAGGCAGCUCUGCUUUGGGUUCUCUGAAUGGACUUCUAAUUCCAGAUAUGAAUAGAUCCUUUACAAGGAGGAGAUCUGUAUAAACAAGUGAAGGAGCUCUUGGCCGGGUUUGUUGGAAUGUACAGCAGUAACAAAUCUUACACUGUAUAUGCGAAGUGGAAAUCUUUGAAACGUAUACAAAGUGUUUUAGUGCACACUGGUGCAAUGUAGAAAACCAUACAGACUUGGAUUAUAAUAGUGGUGAUUGGGCCCAGACAUUGCAUGUCUGAAAUGUAAAUGUUGCCAUUUUAUUUAAUCUCCAAUCUUCACAUGUCAUCUUAGUUUUUAUAUGCAGUCUUGAUAAUGGUAAAAUAGUGGUAAAAUUUCUUGGGGUUCUGUUUUGCCUUACAACCUACAUGUGCCUCGCAGCUUUGCAAAUACAUUUAAAAAUGUUUUAGGCCAAAGAUUUUUUCAAAACUAUCCUAAAACCAGCCUGGGAAAGGAUGGCAUGCCCACUCAGGGUAAGGGAAAAGGACCUGCCCCAGGUGGAGGAGUUUAGGCAUCUCUGGGUUUUGUUCACGAGUGAUGGGAAGUGAGAUCGGCCUAUAUAUACUUUUAUACCACCUUGGAGAUAUUAUAUUGAUAAAAUUAGGGUACAAUAUUUUUUAAUGACAGCAAAGAAAAAAAAAUUGAUAAAGAUUCAAAUGGCGAAAUGGCUAGCUGGCUAAACUAAGCUUUUAAGCUAACUGUUUAGCAUGCUUUAUAUGUACAUGUACUGUACAUAUAAAGACUGUGAAAUGUCUCAAAGACAGACAGCACUGUGCAAAAGUCAGAGAUUACCCUUUAUUUAAUUUAAUAAGUCAAAAUUUUUCAGCAUAAGAAAAAAGCAGAAAACAUUUUAACGGUGACUAUUUUAAAGUUUGGUGGUCUCCCCAAAUAUGUAAUAUCACCCAGAAACAUAAUA